ACUGGGAAUGAAUCCGUCUCAGAGUCUCAUGCAGAAGCCUUCUCGGACUCUUCCGAAUCAAAGAGCUUCCUGGAACGAUAUCUUCCAGCUUCCUGAUCGGAGCUGCGAGGCGAGAACGUUGCUUCGGGGAGUGGAUGUAAAUUUGGCGCCGCCGUCAACGGUUGUGGACUGUGACGACGAAAAUGGCGUCUCCUCACCGAACAGUACUGUGUCGAGCAUCAGCGGAAAGCGGAGCGAGAGAGAGUCUAUUGGCGGAGAGCAUGAAGCCGAGCGUGCCUCAUGUUCUCGAGGAAGCGACGAUGAUGACGGAGGCGGCGACGGAGGCGGCAGAGAUGGAGACGGAGACGGCGACGGCGACGGCGACGGCGACGGAGAUACUUCCAGAAAAAAGCUCCGGCUGUCGAAGGAACAAUCGAUUGUGCUGGAGGAAACGUUCAAGGAGCACAAUACCCUCAAUCCGAAGCAAAAACAGGAAUUGGCAAAACGGCUGAAUCUGAGGCCGAGACAAGUGGAAGUGUGGUUUCAGAACAGGAGGGCAAGGACCAAGCUGAAGCAAACUGAAGUGGAUUGUGAGUACUUGAGGAGAUGUUGUGAGACUUUGACUGAAGAGAAUAGGAGGUUGCAAAAGGAAGUGCAAGAACUGAGGGCAUUAAAGCUAUCCCCACAAUUCUACAUGCACAUGAACCCUCCAACCACUCUUACAAUGUGCCCUUCUUGUGAGCGCGUUGCGGUGUCAUCCACAUCCUCCUCCUCAUCCGCAGCGGCAGCUGUGUCGUCCAACUCAGCCCCAUUGAGCUCUACCAUUCAAAGGCCGGUGCCCCUCCUCCCCUGGGCGGCUAACUCGAAUCGAAACCGCCCGGGUGACAGCUUAAAUCCCCGGCCAUGAACCCUUCUCUUGUGUUCAAGGUCAUGGCAGCUCCCUAAUGUAGAAGACAAGGUCAUUUUUAGUUACUAGAGAGGCAUGGAUCAAUGUGUUGAAAGAAAAGGUAUGGAAAAAGGAUACUAAGGCAGUUAGAAUGAUUUUGAGUCCUCCGUGGUCUUAAGUAAUGUAGUUAAGAGAGGAACAUGGGAAAAUAUGUAUGGAGCUUAUUAUUUCUUUCUAUGUAUACCUUUUCUUUCCCCACCUUCAUUUCUUGCUUUUAUAAUAGUAUAUGUAGUCGGUUAUUGAAUGAGACGGUUUGUUAA